GGGUUUGCAUCUUAUUAUGCAUGCGCAUUCUCUUCUCACAGUUUUGCGAGCACGGUACACUUUCUCCCUUCCUACUGGAUCCUCCUUAGCAACGGUCACCGUUGAGACGGAGGGACGCCCCCAGCCGAUUGGCUGUACCCGGCCUCUCUGCAGCGUAGAUUGGCUGAAGCGUCGAUAAGGGCCAGGCCUUGGCAGUCGCCGCCCGAGAUCUGCUGUCCCAGAACCGAGGCAGGAUAAAGACGGUGGGGACCCGCGACACAGAGGAGCGACCAGAUGAUCCGCCGGAAGUCCAGCCAAUUCCGGCGACUGAAAAGGCGGUCGGAGCUGGACCAGCACUCCGAACUGCGGCGAGAACAUGAGAAAGACCAUGAGAAAGACCUCAGCUCGUUGGUUGAAUCGGCCAAGAGGAUGGGAACAGGAGUGCGGACCGAGUCAGGGACCGUGACCUCAGUGGAUGCGAAUGAAGAUCCUGCAGCCAACUUGUUCCCGCCGCCGCUACCCCAGCCCCGGAUCUGCAUAUGGAAGUACCUCGACAUCCAUUCCAUGCAGAGGCUGGAGAAGACAACCAACGUUGAGGAGAUGAGGGAGGUGCUGGCUGAGUUGUUGGGGCUCAGCCGUCCUAAGCAGAACCUGCGAGAUGCCAUCACCCUGGACCUCUUCUCCCAUAUACUCAUCUUCUGCCGCCAGCAGGGCUUCUCACUGGAGCAGACAUCAACAGCUUGUGCCCUGCUCCAAGAUCUUCACAAGGCCUGUAUCGCAACUCCGUUGGGCAACGUGGAGGAAUGUUACCGCUACUUCACCAGCGUUCUUUUUUGCCACGGAGUCAGGAUGGCCGGGCACUUGCAGAAAAGGAGGAACAGCUGCUGGCCCUGGCCGAUUAUGUGGUCAACACCUACUUCCGCCACUUCAAGCUCUACAAGUAUGUCUUCACACCCCAGGUACGGGGCCGUGGGCUCCAAGAGGCUCCUCCUCGCCCCCUUUCCCGCACUGCGGUGUCCUCCUCUCAGACACCGUCUUCCUCCCUCUUCCCAGGUGCGGCUGGAUCUCUCUUUGACUUACAUGGGGCUACAGCCACCCAGGCUCUGGCCAGAGGAUGAGACGGAGAAAGAGGAGGGCGAAGAAGUGGAGGAGCCGGCAGCCAGCCCACAGGAGGAGGAACCGGAAGCGGGGGUUCAGCCAGAGCAAGAGCCAAGCCAGCUUUCCAUCCUCCGAACCUACAUCAAGACCCAGGUGAACAAGGAGCUGGAGCAGCUCCAAAAACUCGUGGAGGAGCGGCUCAAGGCCAGUGAGGAAAGGCUCAGCAGCAAGCUGACCGCACUCGAGCGCCCCCUCCAGCCCCCUCCAGGGAAAGGCAAGAACAAGACCAAGUGACCCUCAGUGUUUUCCCCAAUAAAGGCCUGGGCCAGAGUGGGCCCCCACCCCCA